CUGUGCAGAAAUAUUUGGUGUUAUUUGUGUUAUUAGCCUUCUUUCGGCGCUUGUUAAGGAGAUUGCCGAUGUUAAAGCAAUUCAGAGAUUGUGCCGGAGACUUCGCAACGUUUCGGAAAAGAUGUUAUCUCCGAAUCACGUUGGUCUCUAUUGCCGGACUUUGCCGAACUCGGCUGUGUCAGUCCGGAAGUUACCGAAGUUGUAUCAAUGACGUAAUUCUGAGCAUCUUCCGUCGCCUGUUGCCGAGACCGCCAUAUUGGUUAAGGGUGCCUGUUCUGGUCUAGAAGGCUAAAUAGCCCUACAGCUCUUUGGGGGAGUCGGGGUAGGCAAAAUGCUGAGACCUGUAGUCCGCAGGGUACUGGCAAGUGCCACCCAAACCUCUAAAAAUAAUGUACGGGCAACUGCAACUGCUGCCAGCAAUUUGGUUGAGGUGUUUGUUGAUGGAAAACCAGUGAUGGUUGAACCAGGCACUACAGUGCUACAGGCCUGUGAAAAGGUUGGCGUGCAAAUUCCUCGCUUUUGUUACCAUGAUCGUUUAUCAGUUGCUGGAAAUUGUCGCAUGUGUCUUGUGGAAAUAGAGAAAGCUCCCAAGCCUGUUGCUGCCUGUGCUAUGCCAGUGAUGAAGGGCUGGAAUAUACUGACAAACUCUGAAAAAACCAGGAAAGCUAGGGAAGGUGUAAUGGAAUUCUUGCUUGCAAACCAUCCCCUGGACUGCCCUAUUUGUGAUCAAGGAGGAGAGUGUGAUUUACAGGAUCAGUCUAUGAUGUUCGGCAGUGACAGGAGCCGUUUUUUAGAUGGAAAGCGUGCUGUGGAGGAUAAAAACAUUGGGCCUCUAGUCAAGACCAUUAUGACUCGUUGUAUCCAGUGUACACGCUGCAUAAGGUUUGCCAGUGAGAUUGCAGGAGUUGAUGAUCUGGGAACUACUGGCAGAGGCAAUGAUAUGCAAGUUGGCACUUAUGUAGAAAAGAUGUUCAUGUCUGAACUCUCUGGAAACAUCAUUGACCUGUGUCCCGUGGGAGCUUUAACAUCCAAACCUUAUGCAUUUACAGCUCGGCCUUGGGAAACAAGAAAGACAGAAAGCAUUGAUGUUCUGGAUGCACUGGGCAGCAACAUUGUGAUCAGCACAAGAGGUGGAGAAGUGAUGAGAAUCUUGCCAAAAAUGCAUGAGAAUAUUAACGAGGAAUGGAUUUCUGAUAAAACUAGAUUUGCUUAUGAUGGUUUGAAACGCCAGAGACUGACUCAACCAAUGAUCAGGGAUGAAAAAGGUCAUCUUGUUCAUACAAGCUGGGAAGAUGUUCUCACUCGGGUGGCUGGAGUGCUGCAAGGAGUGCAGAGUAAAGAUGUAGCUGCUAUUGCAGGAGGUCUUGUGGAUGCCGAAGCUCUAGUAGCUCUUAAAGAUUUGCUGAACAGGCUGAAUUCUGACACCUUGUGCACAGAGGAAGUCUUCCCCACAUCUGGUGCUGGAACUGAUCUCCGUUCAAACUAUCUGCUAAAUUCAAGAAUAGCUGGCAUUGAAGAAGCUGAUGUCCUGCUGCUGGUUGGCACUAACCCUCGCUAUGAAGCUCCCCUCUUUAAUGCUAGAAUUCGCAAAAGCUGGCUUCACAAUGACCUGCAGGUGGCUUUGGUAGGAAGUCCUGUUGAACUGACUUACACCUAUGAUCAUUUGGGAGAGUCACCUCAGAUACUGAAGGAAAUAGCAUCAGGAAAACAUCCUUUUAGCAAGAUAUUCUUCCAAGCUAAGAAACCCAUUGUGGUGGUUGGCAGCAGUGCCGUACAACGUAAAGAUGGUGCAGCAAUCCAUGCAGCUGUUUCUGCUAUUGCACAAAAUGCAAGGAGUAGUAGUGGUGUCAGUGAGGAUUGGAAAGUCCUGAAUAUUCUUCAGAGAUUUGCAAGUCAGGUUGCUGCCCUUGAUAUUGGUUACAAACCUGGAGUGGAUGCCAUAAGGAAAAAUCCUCCAAAGGUUCUCUUUUUACUUGGUGCAGAUGCUGGCUGCAUAACACGCCAAGAUUUGCCUAAAGACUGUUUUAUCAUCUAUCAAGGACAUCAUGGAGAUACAGGUGCACCCAUGGCAGACAUUAUUCUCCCAGGUGCAGCUUACACAGAGAAGUUUGCAACAUAUGUCAAUACAGAAGGCAGAGCUCAGAGGACGUUUGUAGCUGUGACACCACCAGGAAUGGCAAGAGAGGACUGGAAAAUCAUCCGAGCUAUCUCUGAGUUGGCAGGUGUCACGUUACCAUAUGAGGAUCAUGAUGGUGUAAGGAAAAGGUUGCAAGAAGUAUCUCCAAACCUGGUGCGGUAUGAUGAUGUGGAAGAAGCUAAUUAUUUCAAGCAAGCAACAGAGCUUGCAAAGCUUGUUAACCAGCAGAUUCUGGCAGAUCCUUUGGUUCCCCCUCAACUAGCAAUUAAGGAUUUCUACAUGACAGAUCCUAUAACCAGAGCAUCACAAACAAUGGCCAAGUGUGUGAAAGCUGUGACGGAAGGAGCACAAGCAGUUGAAGAACCAUCUAUUUGCUAGAAUUGUAGAGUCAAAUGGAAUGCCGUUGUGCUCUGCUUUAUACGUCCACCCUUAAA